CCCUCCCCCCUCGCCCCUCCCCCCGCCGGGGGUGUCGCGCGCCGGUGGCACCAUGUCCUAUGUCCCCUUCCGAGAUGUGCGCGGCGCCCCCCUGGCCCGCGGGCCCUACGCCCCCUCCCCCUACGAGCGCCCCCCCUGGAACCCCCGGUUCUGCAUCAUCUCGGGGAACCAGCUGCUGAUGCUCGAUGAGGAGGAGAUCCACCCGCUGCUGAUCCGGGAGCGGCGGGGCGAGCCGUGCCGGAGCAAGCUGCUGCGGAGAACCGUCAGCGUGCCGGUGGAGGGGCGCCCGCACCCCGAGCACGAUUACCACGGCGGCCGCUCCCGCAGGAAGAGCGUUCCCGGGGGGAAGCAGUUCAGCAUCAACAUGGACGCGCCGCCCGCGCCGCCCUUCCGGCCCUCGCAAGGCUUCCUGAGCCGGCGCCUCAAGAGCUCCAUCAAGAGAACCAAGAGCCAGCCCAAGCUGGACCGGACCAGCAGCUUCCGGCAGAUCCUGCCGCGCUUCCGGAGCGCCGACCACGACAGGGGCAGCUUCCGGCAGAUCCUGCCGCGCUUCCGGAGCGCCGACCACGACAG